AGUGCCCAGAGGAACUGAGUUAAAGAACGGAGCUCUGCAGAGUUAAAACAAAGCCUUAAAGCCACGUGAUGAUACGAGUCCCGUAUCCUUGAAUUACAUCCAAGGGUCCCUAAGCCAUUGUCUUCAUUGACUCCUCUUCAGGCAAAUUCCAAUUUUGAGAAUACAAACUUUUGGGUCUUCAAGAGUGGCUAGCCUCGUCAGCCCUUGCUGUAAACAUCUGUUAUCAGAAUCCCAUAUCUAUGUGUGGCAGAACAUUAUGUUAUAUUAAAUGGACUAACAUUACAAAUUGCCUUUACCUUGGACCAAUAUAUCCAGAACUUGGGCUGUAAAAUCUCUUCUAUUCAUCACACGACCACUGCACUAAUGAUGGCCUGGCAUAAAGUAAGCACAAGUGGGAACCCGUUGGAAAGCCCUGUGGCGGAGAGCAGUCGCGUCUGGGAACCGGCCCGAGCUUCCCCGGCCAGUAGACCUUUUCAAGAGAGUACACUUGCUAAUGCACUGGAGACGACCGCAGUUGUGUCUGCGCAGACACAGCUCACUUCUGUUACCUUGACCUCGGAAAAAAACACUGCUCUACCAAUUGAUGCCUCUUCUGUGUCAGGAAAAGCAUCUCUCAUUUGUACACAAGAAGUUGAGAAGUUGAAUGAGGCCUUUGACUUUUUGCUAGCUUUUUUCAUCUUAGCUUGUGUUUUAAUCAUUAUUUUGAUCUACAAAGUUAUUCAGUUUAAACAAAAACUAAAGGCUCUAGAAGACUCAGUGGAAAAUAGACUCGAGUAUUACAGCUUUUAUCAGUCAGCAAGGUACAAUGUAACUGCCUCGGUUUGUAACACCUCCCCGGAUUCUCUGGAAAGUUCUGGCUUGCAGCAGAUUGGACUUGAUAAACAAAUUGUUCCUGAAAAUGGGGCACAAGUCAUUCUCUUUGAACAUUCUGCUUUAUGACUCAACUAAAUAUUGACUAUAAAAAACUCCGUAGUGCCAUGUGGCCAUAAAAUUUAAUCCUUCUCAUAGAAUUAUGUUAGGAUUGUUCAAGUGUUUAUAAAUAAUUUGAAUAAAGUGUAUUCGUUCUGCAUAUAUUUUCUUUGAUACUGUACCAAGAUAAGUAGCCAACUUUCUGGGUACUAACAUCAUGUUAAAUAUGCCACAAAUCAUGUUUAUCUCUAAAGUCUUGUAAGGUUGUAAUAUCUAUAUUAAAUUACACAUAAGGAAAAA